UUCACGUACGCGGCAUAAGACGUGAAGACAUCAACUAUUUCGUAUGCAUUCUUCUGUUAGUAUUCGUGCAAGUAUAUGUAUCUUUGUCACUUUCAUUGUUCCUCAUCCUUUAUCAGUUGCAUAUUCUAAUCUAACAUUCUAUCCGUGUCUCUCUUGAAAACAUGGCAACCCAAAAGUUGAGUUUCUUUAUUUCAUCACUUCUUUUCCUUUCACUAGGUUUAACUGCAGCCGUAAACGCUGUUGAAGAAGCUGCGGUGUACAAAAAAUCCGAAGAGAAAGACGUAGAUAUUGCGGUUGAAGGUAUAGUUUACUGCCAGAGUUGUAAUGCACAUGGAACAUGGUCUUUGACAGGAGCGAAACCAAUUACUUCAGCAAGAGUUAGUGUAAUUUGUAAAGAUUACAAGAAUAGAGUUAGUUACUACAAAGUGUUUCAGACUGAUAAAAAUGGGUACUUCUAUGGACAACUUGAGAAUUUCAAAAUGGAUCAUUACCUAUUAGAUCAUCCUCUUCAUGCUUGUGGUGUUCAUUUAGUUUCAUCACCUCUUUCAGACUGCAAUCACCUUUCAAACGUCAAUUACGGGAUCAAUGGUUCUCCUUUUCGUUAUGAAAACAAGAGAUUAUAUAAUACCAACUAUGAAGCUGUUGUUUAUUCUUCGGGACCUUUGGCUUUCCGUCCUUCAUUCCGUCCUAAAACCGAAGAAGAUCAUUACUAG